AUGAGCUGGCGUCCUGAUUCCCCCAUUGACCUUCCCGGCGGGCGACUGGGCUGCGGCAGUCAUGGAUUGGUCAUAUGUGGACAGUGUUGCGUCGACUAUAGCUUUAUGGACGAAGACGAAGAAAACUCAGCUGACGGGUCUGUGCGACUAACUGCCGACGACGUGCAGCUCUACAGUGGCCAGGCAACUCUUGGCGAAAAGCUUCUCUCGCGAGGCGUUGGAGCUGUCAUGCCAAAACUCUUCUCCGCAUCUUCUUCCGAUACACCCCAGAGUUUAUUCCCUGCACGAGUUUCGCGAAGCGCCAUUCCGAAUGUCGCACGGUUCAUCCAUCGCCGGGAAAAAGAAACGUUCCUCAUUUAUACAGACGGUGCGUGCCUUGAUAACGGACAAGCCAAUGCCAAAGCUGGAUGGGCCUGUGUCUUCCGACCUGGAGACGGAGGGGUUACAGGCCGUCUCGAAAACCACGGCCCGUUCGGAGAUUCUGCUCCUCAAACCAGUAAUAGAGCUGAACUCAGAGCCGUUGGUGAGGGCUUCAGUACUUUGGUCAUUGCCACCGACUCGGAGUAUGUCGUCAAGGGUGCGACGGAGUGGGUUUCGGGCUGGAUUCGUAAGAGCUGGAAGACAGCUAAGGGUGCUGGCGUUAAGAAUAGGGAUUUGUGGGAAGCUUUUCUGGGUGAGGUGGAACAUUGGGACGAUCGCGGGUUGAAGAUUCAGCUUUGGAAGAUUCCGCGUGAGAUAAACGCUCAGGCUGAUAAGUUGGCUAAGGAGGCAGCCCAGGGUAACGAUAUCGAUGAGUUUCGGGAUAUAAAGGGCGUUCUUGUUUAG